AUGUCUGCUUUGUUGGAGAAACUACGAUAUAAAAAGAAGGCGUGGUCUGAAAAAGGUAACUCCUUGAACGAGGAGAAUAAAAAUCGGUCGCAAACCCUGGUAUCUAAGCAAGACGACCAUCGCACACCUGCUACUCAACCAAACGAUCUCUGGGUGAGAGCUGAACAGAAACUAAGACAGAAUCGGGAGCUGGACAAGAUCCUGACAAACUCGGCUACGAUACUGGAAUCUGAUUACGGUGUGAAACUUCAACCAGGUGCCACAAGUCACCACAAACGACUGAGCGAUCUACUAGAAGAGAGGAAGUGGGUCAUUCACCUAGGCAAUCAUAGUGUCGGUGUUGGGGAGCAAAUUGCCAACAUAUCCAAAAAUGUCCUGGCGCUCAAAGAUCUGAUCACCCCUGCUGCAAGCUUGAGCCCCCCAGCUUCGCUUGCCUGUGCUGGCAUAAUAGCUUGUUUUUCGAUGGUUGUCCAAGCGGCAGAGCAGCAUGCUCUUCUCCUACAAGGGUUAGAAUCAACAUCUGGAUUGGUACUACGCCUUCACGUCAUGGAAACCCUGUAUUUACAUUCUCGGUCAAAAGAGGCUCUUGAUCUCCUUGAAAAGUUUCAAGCCACUUUGGUCUCCAUCUACUCAAAGAUAUUAGAGUUCCAGGCUCGUGCGGUCUGCUACAUACACCGAUAUUCAGCCUCUCAGCUCCUGAGAGAUAUUUUCAAGUGGGAUGGAUGGGCCGACUUACUGCAAGAUUUUGAGACCUCUCAAAGAUCUUUAGAUCGAUUUACUUCUAUAAUUGGUCAUGCGGAACUGACACAAAAGCUCGAAGAGUUGUUGGAUGCUUCACGCAAACGUGAUAUAUGGACAACUACAUCGGCUCGAGAUGAGAGGGUAAAAAGAUUUUUCAACCUGCUCUACACUUGCCCAUACAAGGAUCGCAAAGACAGAAAUAGCAAACGGGUUCCCGGAACAUGUGAAUGGUUCACUAGCCAUCCCAUAUUCAAGGACUGGCAACAGAGGACAAAUAACGAAUUCCCCGGUCUUUUAUGGGUGUCGGCCGAUCCCGGUUGUGGCAAGUCGGUCUUAACGAGAUAUCUUGUCGAUGAAGUUAUUCUCAAUACUAUUGACAGAACAGUCUGCUAUUUCUUCUUCAAGGAUGACUUUCCGGAUCAGAGGAGUGCGACAAGCGCACUCUCGGUGAUGUUACGCCAGCUUUUUAUUGCACAACCUCAGCUUUUGCAAGAUGCGGUCCUGGAUAAGCUGGAAACUGAUGGUGACAAGCUUGUUCAAUCAUUUUCUGAAUUAUGGUCCAUCCUACUAUCUGUCUCAGCUAGUUCGAAGGCUGGGGAGAUCAUCUGCAUUCUAGAUGCGUUAGACGAGUGUCAGGAUGGUGACCGGAACCAACUCAUUUCCGCGGUCAGGGAGUUCUACUCAGGGCCCCAUAGAAGGAGCAAGCUCAAGUUCUUGAUAACAAGCAGGCCAUACGAUCACAUACGACGUGGCUUUUGGGAGUUGGAAAAACAACUUCCUACCAUUCAUUUAAGUGGCGAUAGCGAGGAAGAAGUCAAGGAUAUAUCCCGUGAAAUAGAUCUUGUUAUUGCAAAAAGGGUAAAUGACUUCAGCGACCAACGAUCACUGGCAAAAGAUGAGCGCGAUAUGCUUGCACAACAGCUGACCACAGUUGAAAAUCGAACCUAUUUGUGGGUUAGCCUUACCUUGGAUGUACUUGAAAAUAUCACGGGCUUCACGAAGGGCAAUAUCCGCCGGGCGAUACAGUAUCUUCCCGAAACUGUUGACAAGGCCUAUGAAAAAAUCUUGGAUCGGAGCUCGGAUAAAAACAAAGCUAGAGUUCUUCUGCAUAUUAUUACAGCUGCCAUGCGGCCUCUCUCUUUGGGAGAGCUAUCUCUCGCCUUGGCGGUCAAUGCGGGUCACCGAAAGCUUACAGCUCUGCGUGAUGACACGGAACCGAAAGACCGCUUCAGGAAGACGUUAAGAGACCUCUGUGGACUCUUUGUGGUUGUUAUCGAUGAGAAAGCUUACCUUCUUCACCAAACUGCGAAGGAGUUCUUGGUCGGAGAUAAAAGCCCCACUAUGGAGAUAAACAGGACGAGAUGGAAGCAUUCAAUAUUGCCAGACGAUUCCAAUCAGAUUCUUGCCGAUAUGUGCACUUCUUAUAUAACCCUUGUUCAGGACCGGGCUUAUACACAAAGCUCUGAUGACGAAAGCUUUUAUGAGUAUUCAUCAUGUUACUGGAAGGAUUUGCGACCCAAACUCUGA